UAAUAUUAUGUAUAACUUUGUUAACAGUACUGAACACUGAUAAAAUCGUAGCCCAUGGAGUAUGGAUAUGGGAUACUCGUUCGUCUUCUAGUUAUAACGUUAAUUUAACUUAUCAAGUGUAUGUUAAUCACAAUCGACACAAGUUUCUUACUAUUUUUUUCAUAAGAAAUCAAAUUUUUCUUUUUUAAACCAACUACUCUUCAGUCUUCAGAUGUCUAUGAACAGUAUGAACUGUAGUGUGGAACUCUUUGCAUCAUAUGAUACAAUUUAUCCUGCAGAUACUGUAGAAUGGUGUCCAAUACCAGAAUACAACAAUAUACUUGUAUGUGGAACUUAUAAACUUAAUGAGGCAGACAAAUCAAAAACUGGCACUAUCAACUUAUUCUCUUUAGACAACCAAAACAAAAUUAAAUUGAUUCAGAGUAUUCCCGAAAAUGCUGUGCUAGAUUUAAAGUGGAACCCUUUUAUCGUUUCUGGACAAAUAUUACUAGCAGCUGCAUUGUCUGGCAAUCAUAUUAGUAUAUAUCGCUUGGAUGAAAAAGAUGAUGAUUUAUCUUUAAAUUUAUUCACUAGUUUUGAUGUUCCAAAAACUAAUGGUGAAUCUCAUAUGAGUUUAUCAAUUGCUUGGUCAUCCCUUUAUGAAAAUGGAUCACAAAGUAUUGCAUUUAGCGAUUCUUGUGGUUAUGUCACUUUAAUAAAUCUAAAUGAUCAACUCAUACGCAGUUUCAAAGCUCAUAAUUUUGAAUCAUGGAUUGUUACUUAUAAUUAUUGUGAACCAAACAUAUUAUACACAGGUGGUGAUGAUUGUAAAUUUAAAUGUUAUGACCAACGUUUACAAUUUGACAAACCUAUAUUUGAAAAUAAAGAACAUGAACAAGGAGUAACAACAUGCUCAUCAAAUAAAAUUCGAGAAAAUAUCAUUGUUACAGGAAGUUAUGAUGAAAUUAUUAGACUAUGGGAUAUACGUAAUAUGAAGCAUAGUUAUAAUAAUGUAAAAGUCGACGGUGGAGUUUGGAGAUUGAAAUGGGAACCUAAUAAAGAAGAAUAUCUUUUAAGUGCUUCAAUGUUUAAUGCUGCUCAUAUAAUAGAUACAACGUUGGAUGUACCUAAUAUUUGUCAAUCUUUUGGGGAAAAAAGCAAUAGGCUCUACUAUGGAGCAGAUUGGUGCUACCGAAACAAUACUCUAUUAGAACAUGACACAAAAUCAAAAAAUAAAAAAAUAAUUUCUACAUGUUCAUUUUAUGACCAUAGAUUAGAUUUAUUUUUUGUCAACAUGAAAUUAUAAAAAUAUAUAUUAUAAAGUAAUUGAUAAAUAUUAUUAUAUUAAUUUUAUUAUUUUCUAAUGAAUUACAGAAUAAGAAUUUUGUUGACAUUUGUAUGUAUAUAUUUUAUAUGGAAUAUUUACUUAUAUUAAUAUAAGUACCUAUACACUAUGAAUAAAAUAAAACAUAACAUUAGAAUUAAGAAUUAUUAUUACAAAAUACAAAAU